AUGGUUGCGAAUCUGACCCCACGAUGGACUCGCAUCCGUUGUGGACAAAAGCUAGCGUAUUUCGAUCCAUUUUCCUCUGUUUCUAGUGCACAAAAACCUGAAGGAGUUGACGAUACAUUUAGAAAUAUUUUACAGGAAUUACCGAAGCCUGAAUUAAAAGAAGGGCAUAAUUCAUCUUCUCAUUCUAUUACAGACAAAAAAUUAGAUGCUUAUAUUGAUAAGAUCAGAAAGAAGCUUCAACAACAAGAUCCAUCGUAUUCAUUCAUUCAAAAUUCGUAA